GAAAGGACAACAUAACUCCUGGUGCAGCAAAGAGGUUCUCCUUCUGCAAGGCAUUUGCUGGACUCCUGAAAAAUUAUUUUCAGUAACAUGGCAGAGAAGGAUUUCAUCAGCUGGCAUCUACUGGCUUUAUUUUUUCUUCCAUUUUGCCUGUGUCAAGAUGAAUACAUGGAGGUGAGCAGAAGAUCUUAUAAACCAGUGGCCAAAGUAUUGCAAAGUCACCACCAGACUGGCCAUAAAGGUUCCAGAAGCAGGGAAAUAUUGAAACAGCGGAGUCAACUUAUAGAGUGGACUGUUGAUAAUAGCACUUCUACAGACCAAAAAGUCCUGAGACCAGAGGUAGAUGAUGUAGAACUGACUACCUCAGAUAGAGUCCAGCCCCCACAAACCGGACCACAGAAUCCAGACUGUAGUUCCUGCUGCCGUGGUGACUUUGGAGUUCGACUCUACCAAGGGCCCCCAGGACCUCCUGGGCCCCCUGGGAUGCCAGGAAAUCAUGGGAACAAUGGAAAUAAUGGAGCAACUGGCCAGGAAGGAGCCAAAGGUGAGAAAGGAGACAAAGGAGAUAUGGGACCAAGGGGAGAGCGUGGCCAUCAUGGACCCAAAGGCGAGAAGGGUUACCCUGGGAUUCCCCCAGAGCUACAGGUCGCAUUUAUGGCUUCCAUGGCUACUCACUUCAGCAACCAGAACAGUGGGAUCAUCUUCAGUAGUGUUGAAACCAACGUUGGGAAUUUUUUUGAUGUCAUGACUGGGAGAUUUGGUGCUCCAGUGAACGGGGUGUAUUUCUUCACCUUCAAUAUGAUGAAACAUGAAGAUGUGGAGGAAGUGUAUGUAUACCUGAUGCAUAAUGGUAAUACAGUUUUCAGCUUAUAUAGCUAUGAAUCAAAAGGGAAAGCAGACACUUCAGGAAACAGUGCAGUGCUAAAACUUGCCAAGGGCGAUGAAGUUUGGCUGCGAAUGGGAAAUGGAGCCCUCCAUGGGGACCAUCAACGCUUCUCUACCUUUGCUGGGUUUCUUCUUUUUGAAACCAAGUAG